AGUUGGCAAUGUGGUAGCAACACGAAUGGACACUUUAUUAAUCUGACCGAAUAAUAAAAUGUACAAGUUAAUUAUUUUUGUCUUUUUCUGCACAAUUUACAUCUCAUCACCUGCUCAAGUUGAAGUUCGCCGAGAAUACAGCAAACAGUGGUACGAGCACGCGACUUUUUAUCAGGUCUACCCCAGAUCUUUCAAAGACACCAACGGGGAUGGUGUGGGUGAUUUGCAGGGGAUUACAUCGAAAUUGGAAUACCUUAAGAGCAUCGGGAUCAAUGCCAUUUGGUUGAGUCCGUGCUUUCAAUCACCAAUGGUUGACAAUGGGUACGACGUGUCGGAUUUUAAGGCAAUUCACGAUGAAUUCGGCACAAUGGCUGAUUACGAGGAAAUGAUAAGUGUGGCCAAUGAUUUAGGAAUCAAAAUCAUGCUGGAUUUUGUGCCAAAUCACUCGAGUGACAAACACGAAUGGUUUGAGAAGUCUGUGAAGCGGGAAGAACCCUAUACAGACUUCUACGUGUGGCACGAUGGCCGUGAGGAUGAGCAGGGAAAUCACCUUCCGCCAAAUAAUUGGGUUUCUGUAUUUGGGGGGCCGGCAUGGACAUGGGUUGAGGAGAGGGGUCAAUACUAUUUGCAUCAGUUCUAUCCCCAACAACCGGAUUUGAACUAUCGGAAUCCACUAGUGCUGGAGGAGAUGAAGGAAGUGUUGAUAUUUUGGUUGGAACGUGGGGCAGCUGGCUUUCGUCUGGAUGCCAUUAAUCAUAUGUUUGAGAGUCCUGGAUUGGAGGAUGAACCACUGUCGGGAUGGGGAGAACCUGGGUCAUAUGACUAUCUAAAUCAUAUCCAUACGAAAGACUUGAUGGACACAUAUGGAGUAGUUGAGCAAUUCAGGAGGGUUGUGGAUGAUUUUGCAGCCGAACACGGUACUGAUGCAAAAAUCUUAAUGACGGAAGCAUAUGCUAAUCUCACAUUCACCAUGAUGUACUAUGAGUCUGAGUCAGGUGUUCAGCGUGCUCAUAUGCCUUUUAACUUUGGCCUCAUUAACGAUGUGCACUGGGACACUUCGGUGCGGCGGAUUAAGGAGAAAAUUGACGAAUGGCUCGAUAACAUGCCAUCAGGGAACACCCCAAAUUGGGUGGCAGGAAGUCAUGACCAUUCUCGCAUUGCCAGUCGCCUUGGUGCUGAAAGGAUCGGCCUCAUGAACACCCUCGUUCUCACUCUGCCCGGCACAAGUAUCACGUACUACGGCGAGGAAAUAGGAAUGUUCGAUUUCCGCGAUUUUGACUUCUGGGACAGUCGUGACCCCAACAGGACUCCAAUGCAGUGGGACGACACGGCUUUUGCAGGAUUCACCAGUGGCUCAAAAACCUGGCUACCUGUUCAUCCUGGCUAUGUGACCAGGAAUGUACAGCAGCAAACCAGUCAGAAACUCAGCCAUCUCAAGCACUACACCAAACUUUCAGAACUCAGGAAGGAGGAUACUUUCGCCCAUGGAGAUUUUCUUUUGAAAAUCCUGGGGGAGAGAGUUCUUGGAUACUUGAGAUUCCUACCCGGACAUCCUACCUACGCUGUAGUCCUCAACUACCACAACCAAGAAGAAAUUGUCGAUUUGUCUGUCUUUGCAUCACUUCCUGACACUCUGGAGGUCAUAGCAUCUCCGGUGGAAUCUAAACAUUUGUCAGGAAAUAUCAUCAGCAUUGGCAACGUGACAUUGGGACCCUAUGACGCAUUGGUACUAAAAGCAUCUGGUAAUCUUCUAUCACCGGCGAUAAGUCUGCUGUUGCUCGUAUUUGUAAAAAUAUUGAUUUGUUGAUAAAGAAUUGGGGGGGAAAAAAAGAGUGUUAUAUAUCUGUAUUUUAGUGCAAUAAAAUGAACAAUGGGCUAUCAAGAUGUGUACUAUAGUCCCAAAAUUUGAGAA